CUGCCCCCCUUCUUCAAACCCUCUUCUAAACAUAACCGGCUGCUGUUAUUCGGUUGAAGCGCUCUCUGGAGGCCGGGUGACCCGCAGCUGAGAGGAGAAGCAUGGCGAGGCGCAGGGCGAAGAGCAGCAGUAAGCCGGACGACCCCCUGUUACUGCUGGAGCCCCCAGUAGUACAGCCGCGCGGAAUCAAAGAGUAUGCCCUCCCGUGCGCUGUCUUCAUCUUCAUCCUCCUCGCGGGGUCCACGCUGGCCUGGUUCUGCAGUCAGCAACAGCAGGCCAUCGAGGAGCUGACUGAAGCCCUCGGCACCAUGCAGACCAGAAUCACCAAGCUGCAGCAGCAGUUGGGCUCUGGGAGCGCACAGCUUGCCAGUGUAGGAGGUUUUGAGGAGCGUCUGCUGGGACUGGAAGAAGCCUACGCCAAAGCUCAGAGACAGGCUGAGGUAGCGCUGGCCGCAUCAGAGCAAAUCAAGUCCAAAGACCUUCAGAACAAAGUCUGGGCCCUGCAGACGGAAAUGAAUGCCAAAUUAGCUGAACUCCAGCAGAACAGCAUCUCCAUUGCAUCUCUAAAUGCCAUCCUCAAGAACAAGAGCGAGGAGUUUGAGGCUGUGAAGCAGAGCGUCAGCGCCAUCGUGAGCGCCAAUACAGAGCUCGCCGUAAGCGUUUCUGGCCUCACCAGCACACUUUCACUCACCGAGACACAUCUGGGUGAGCAUGUCUUAGUUGUGGAAGGCCUGAAGUCUCAGGUGGAGGACCAAAAGUGGGAAAUCGCUGAAAUGAGGGAAUACUUCACAAACAAGCAGGAAGCUCUUGUUACGAAUGUGCAGGAGUUGAUGGAACUCAGGCAGCAGAUGGAAUUGCAGCAGGUAAAACGAGCCCAAGUGUUUAAGGAACAGCUCAAGUCUCUGAACAAAAAGCUGGAGAAUCAUCAGAGCAGCACAGAGAGUCUUCAUUCCCAACUCGCUGACCAGCUCAAAGCUGUCCAGACCCAGUUUUUGCCUGGAGCUCAAACAGAAGAGGUCCAGGACAAGGUAGAGGAGCAAGCAGAAAAAGCAGAUGACGGGAAGCAAGUGGGCACAACUGAUGACAAAAAGAAAGCCCGUAAAGAAGAACCAGAACCUACUGAACCUACUGAAGAGAAGGAACUUACAGUUCAAGCAGAAGCAAAAGAGGAGGAGAAAGUUACAAAAGAACAAGGAGUACAAGAGGACAACAAAGUGAUUGAGAAAAAAGGAGUUGCUGAAGAACAGGAUGCAGAAAAAGAAGACAAUGUUUCUGGAGAACAAGAACAAGAAGGGAAUGUUUCUGGAGAACAAGACAAAAAAGGGAGGAAAAGAGUAAAAGUAAAGGAACAAGAGUCAGAAGCAGAAGUGGAGGAAAAUGUAACCAAGGAGGUACCAAGGAAAGAAGAGGAAGAAUUAAACGAAAAACAAGGAGUAACUGCAGGAGAAGAGGAACACAGUGCUAUUCCACUAGAAGUAAAUGAGGAACAUCAAAAGGAACGUGAUGCAGAGAAGAUUCAGACUUCUUCUGAUUCAGAGGUCUCUGACCUGCCCUCAAAUCAAACUGAGGACACUGACCUGACCCAAACUGAGAAAGAUGAGCAAACAGAAGAGGUAGACACCAUAUCUGAGGAGGCUCUGAGUCUUCCAGAAGAGACAAAGAUGAACUUGAAUGAAAUCGAGGAGACACUUGCUGAGGAACAAGUCGAGGAACAUGCUGUAGCAGAGAGCUCGUCACUUUCAAAUGAUGUACAAGCGGAAAAAACUGAGACCGAGGAUGUUGAUGAUGCUAAAGAACAAGAUUCGAAAACUGCUGCAGAGGAGGAUCACGCUGCUUCAGAUCAGACAGACAGCAGCAGAACAAAUGAGACCGAAAAAGAGGAGGGAGACAGUGCCCAGACUGAGCAGGUUGAGACUGAGCAUGAACAAGAGGAGGAGCUUCCAGAAGAGUCUGCUAAAGAAUAGUUUGUUAAAAGUAUUUUAAAGGAACACAACUUGCAAAGGAGGCCAUGGAAGCUUUUUUGAAUACAAAGGGCUGUGAUGCUUUUUUUUCAAGACUUUUUGCAUGAAUAAUUGAAGUUUUUCACUGUGUUCUACAUUAUAUAAUUAUAUAAAGUGUCUACUUCAGGUUUAUUGUGCAUUUUUAGUCUUAUUGUUGUAUAAUUGAUUUAGAAGAAAAAAAAAACACUAGAGGAAGCUAUGGAAACAGUAGCUUCCCACAACAUUACUAAGGACACAGGACAGUAUUUAUUUUAAGUGUCAUGUUCUCUCUAACAUAAGGAACUUCUUUUUGUUUUGAGUCUUGGUUGGUGUACUUAAUUUUUUCAAUCAUUUUUGCUACUCUCUUCUAGCCUUUUUAAAUAAAGAGGUUUCUACAGUUUAUAUCUCGUA